AUGGAGCCGUGGGUGACGCUGGAUCCGCGGCAGAAGGCUCUGUACCGGGACGUGAUGCAGGAGAGCUACGAAACGCUGCUGUCCCUCG